CAAGCUUCAUCUAAGUAAAUAGAAAUUCACGAAGACGCUAAAGAACAAACAGAGGUGAGAGAAGUUAACGCCGCGGACUAGAUAUUCAAAAGAUGGAAAAAGACCGAACUUUGUCCCUACACGCGCGAAACAGGUUUAGUCCACGACGAACAUUUUCUGUCUGCACCUUCUAAGAGACCUAGCCGGAUUCAUGGUGAUCGGAGAACAUGACAGCGCAAGUCAUCGAGAUGGCAAACGGUUGGAGUAAUUCUAAACCACAAGUGAAUGGGUACAGGCGGGUCAUCAGAAGACGAACUCUUGCGAAAUGGGCCAACAUUCAUUUGGAGGCAGUCGGUGUGUCGAUAGAAGACGUGAUUGGUCUCCAAGACAGCGGAAUAGCAGCGAAAUUGCUGUCGGUUCUAUCAGGAAGAAACAUUGCUGUGCCAAUAUUUCAACCCCACAGGAAGAAACGGCAGUUGGUAGGUUGGAAGAAUAUUUGCAGUUUUCUGGAAAGCUUGGAAUUCCCUGAAGAAAUCACAGAGCCAUUUGAAUUUAUUCAAGGAAACACCGACUUGCUUCUCGCCUGGGUUUGGCAGCUGGUGAUAGCCUUCGUAAUAACACCGCUGCAAGACAUGUUUGGUCAAACACAAAGCUCGCCUCGAGAGUUCAUUCUGUCUUGGGUUCAUGAGAAGCUUCCUGCACACAAUGUCACAAAUUUUGACAGUGACUGGCAAAAUGGCGUGCUACUGUGUGAGCUUGUAAAUGCUACUCAACCAGGACUAAUUCCAACAAAGCUAUAUGCAGAUAAAACAAACGGUGAAGGAAACGCCAAGCUAGGCAUGCAAAUUGCGCAUGACGCCUUCGGAAUACCGCAGGUCAUUUCCCCGUUUGACCUAGCGUCGUCGCAAGUGGAUGAGUUAAGCUUACUGACGUACCUAGCGCUGUUUGUGAAGUACGAAGGUCUGAAAAAAGGGACUGGGAAGAAGGCGAGUAAAGGUAACCCGGGAAAUAAGGACGAAGAAAUUGCGCAUGCGUGUAAAGCAUACGGCUCAGGCCUGAGAGCAAGUGAACUCGGAAAAGUGGCGGAAUUCGUUGUCGAGUUGAAUGGUGCUAACCCCACUGAUAUAACCAUUGCAAUUGAAUGCAAGCCAGUUAAAGGAGCCGUUCACGAAGACAAACCUGAUCUCAGUGUGAAACCGCUGAACAGAAAUACUUACUGCGUGAAGUAUUUACCAACACGGCCUGGAGACUACGUCAUAAGUAUUCUGCAUUGUGGAGCUCACAUUUUAAGGAGUCCAUUCUACCUUACAGUUCCAGAGCAAAACGGCCUCAGUUCACUAAAAACACCUCUUAGAAAUCAGCGGAAAGACCUCGUGAAUGGAACUUCAUCUAAUGGACAUGAAGUGUCUUCGAACAAGAACCAUUUCCCAACGAGUCAGAACGGGUCGCCGAGCCAGUCCUCUGACGAUGAGGGCAAAAAUUAUUCGCUUAUCCCACCCUUUUUGACAAAUGGAUCUACAUCACCCAAAAUUCCUUUGAAUACCGCCGAGGGACCAGGGCUUAUCGCCGGGGAGGUUGGUCGCAUUGGAAGAUUUAGGGUCUUAACUGAUAAUGCAACUAAAGGUCCUUUGAGCGUCUGCAUCAGCUGUCCAGCGGUUUCCAUCCCUGUGCCCUACGUUAAAAGCGUGAAGAAGGGCGAAUUCACAGAGCAUAGCGUGCUGUACAUCCCCACGGAACCUGGAGCUUACGAAGUGUUCAUAAAAUGGGGCGACCUUUCCAUUAAAGGAAGCCCUUUCAAAGUAUUCAUAAACAACGUGUUGGAGAAUGGUGUCACCAUGCAACCCGGAGGGAAAGACGAUUUAGGCGGGCGUGGACGAAUACGCGUGUACUACGCAGCCAUGUCGACGAAUCUGAAGGUGCGAAAGGACAACGAACUGUUGGAGAAGUUCUUAAAAGCAAAAGGGAUCUCAAACCGAUCGGAUUUUGAUCCAUGGAUUGCGCUGGAUGUAGCCAUGAACAAAGUGGAAAGAGAUAAAGUUUUCUCCAGGGCUGGUACUCGAAAGACACCAAUGCUAUUUGCUAAUGAUGUCUUUAUCGGAGGUUAUGAGGAUGUUCUCAUUAUGGACAAGCAGGGACUGUUUGAUAAGUACUUGAAGUAACUUUAUGUCUCGACCAGAUUGUAGCUGAAGGGGAAUUCUUCGCUACUUUUUCACACUUCAUUUCUUGAUAAAUGGUGGUGUACGAGUGGACAUCGUCAUAAAUAGGGCUCAUCUCGAAUUAAAGGAGCCGUGGAACGUUUUUUGAUUCUGCGACAUACAAAACUGCCUUCUAAAUGAAGGAAACUACCAAACAUUACUUUGAUAAGAAAGAAAAAUAACACAAUGACAAUUGUAAAUUACAAACGAAGGAGGAUGAAAAAGAUUGACAGGGAUUGGAAACGGACCACAAGAUAUCAGUUGUAAGAUAGAAAAAAAACACAAAAGAAGCAAUGAUAAACAAGAAGUCAGAAGGAAAGCUAAGGAUGGGAACAUUUGACAUGUAUUAAAAAUUACGUACUAAAUUAUGGAUUGAGCUGGAAAUGUCUCUUUUGUCUGAAUCGCAUGAAUCUUAAGGAUUGUGCGGCGGUCUCAACGAGUUCUUUUUGUUCGUAUGCUUGGAUCUUCUAAUUAUAAGUGGAAAAGGAGUGUCCGUUCUUCGGACGUUUGGCUGCGUAGUCCCCAGUAUUAUUAUGUAGCUCAGCAGAAGGAUUUUGCAAAUCGAAUGUUUAAAGUUAGUGAAAAAAUCAUUUCCGAAAAGAUUUCGUAGAGAAACAAAAAAUUAUUUAUUUAAUGUAAUGUAAAGCAAAUUGCUCAAGAUCGUAGGUUAUUUAUUUUAGUUCGGCUAAGCUUUAAUUUGUCUUUUUUCCCGUGAGUCGAGAGCUUUCUGAAGGAAUUUUGACGAGUGACUAUCACUCAGUUCUUAAACCGCGCUGCAGCAACUCAAAUAAAACUCUUGUCAAAUUCAGAAGUUAGAAAACUAGUGAAACUUUCUACGAGUUCACCGAGCCUCGACAGCAGUGGCGAACUCCCAGGCAAGGGUAAAAAAGGGGGGUAUCUUGGGUCAUUUAUUUAUUGUUUGCUUAGGUGAUAAUGUAAUUCUAAUGUUAGUUGACUUAAUUUAUUUAUGAUGCGACGUGUCAAAGGAGAUAGUUUGAUAUGUAACAUGUCUGAUGAACUGAAACAAAAAGAGAACGACAGUGUAUGAAAUAAAAAAAGAAUAUUUUAAUAAGCUAUUUAGAUAAAUGCUUAGUCGCAUGAAGUUCAAUAAAUCAUUCUUGAAGUUG